AUGGAGAGUACGACUGCGAAACCCGACCACGAGUGGAUCGAAUCAAGGCGUAGGAUCCUUGUGGGCUCGAUCCUUGCUCCUAGUGACAAGGAUCAGUUCAUUGAGGCAUCCUUUGCGACGCAUUUCAGACGCAAUCUCCCAGAACCCGGAUUCUGGGUUGCCUUCAACCAGGCCUGCAGUUUUGCCACAGACGGAAUCCCGUGGCAUCAGCCCAGACAACUCAUGCUCUCGUACUCACUUCCUCAGCAGAUAAACGGAAAAGACUCACGAGGCGAAACGAUGAUGACUCUUGCUGCUACAUUCGGCCGAGCAAAGGUUGUGAGUAUUUUGUGCCAAAUCAAAGGCGACCCACGGAUUGAGAACGCUAAGGGGUGGUCCACUGUGCAUGUCGCUGCAGCAUACAACCAUGUCAACGUGUUGGAAGCCCUUUUAAACCUUGGUGUGAGCAUGAACGAAGCUGACUCACGUAUGGGCUACACUCCACUCCACUUGGCUGCAUCUAUCGACAAUAUUGAAGUGUUCAAGUUGCUGCACGAGUCAAAGAAAGCUGAUUUCUGGAAGAAGGCGAAGAAUGUGAGCUGA